CAUUUUGGGGUUCACUCCGCGCCCGAGUCGUGGAUCUGCGUGUAAAAACCAAAAACCUUUCACAAUUUUCAGUACAGUGCAUUUGUGUUUCUUCUCUUCCAUAAAAGUUACCUUAGCUUUGUGUGUUGAGAGCUUGCUUGCACGAGACAAUGGCGACCCUUACGUCUACUGGCACCUGGUUGAGCGAUGAGCAAAAGCAAGCUCUUCGUCAGACCGCAGAAGCCAUCGUGGCUGAUGGCAAGGGCAUUCUUGCUGCAGAUGAGAGUGUUGGAACCAUGGGAAAGCGUCUCUCUCAAGUAAACCUGGAAAACACCGAUGACAAUCGUCGCAAAUUCCGUCAGCUGCUCUUCACUUCGGACAAAGAAAUCGGAAAAUACCUUGGUGGAUGCAUUCUUUUCCACGAGACCCUCUACCAGAAGGCUGACGAUGGCACUCCAUUUGUGAAACUGUUGAACGACCUUGGAAUCAUUCCUGGCAUCAAGGUUGACAAAGGUGUUGUGCCUCUGGCUGGUACACAGGGCGAGAGUACGACCCAGGGUAUGGACGACCUUGGCAAGCGUUGUGCCCAGUACUACGCCGAUGGAUGCCGCUUUGCCAAGUGGCGUUGUGUGCUGAAGAUCGGUGAGCACCAGCCCAGUCCUCUGGCUAUUCUGGAGAACGCCAAUGUGCUGGCACGCUACGCCAGCACGUGCCAGCAGAACGGCAUCGUGCCCAUUGUUGAGCCGGAAGUGCUGAUGGACGGAGCUCACAACCUUGCCCGAUGCCAGGCGGUGACCGAAAAGGUGCUGGCUGCCACCUACAAGGCGCUGAGUGAUCACAAUGUGUACCUGGAGGGUACCCUCCUCAAGCCAAACAUGUGCCUGCCCGGUCAGGGCUGCGAGGAGAAGUCCACUGCAGAGCAGAUCGGCGAGGCCACAGUCACGACAUUCCGUCGCACUCUGCCUGCUGCCGUUCCCGGCGUGACCUUCCUCUCCGGUGGCCAGUCCGAAGAGGAGGCAUCGAUCAACCUGAACGCUAUCAACGUGUACGCCAACAAGUGCGCCGAGAAGAGGCCAUGGAAGCUGAGCUUCUCCUACGGCCGUGCCCUCCAGUACAGCACCAUCAUGGCGUGGCAGGGCAAGGACGAGAACAUCAAGGCCGCUCAGGACGUCCUGCUCAACCGUGCAAAGGCUAACUGGGCGGCAUCCCAGGCCAAAUUCGCUGCCUCCGGAGCAGGCGCAGCCCAGGACAGCCUCUUCGUUGCCAACCACCAGUAUUAGACCCAAAUAUCUCUUUACCUCAUCAUUAUGAUUGCGUUUCACACCGCCUGGUCACCAUGGCGAUUGCCAUGUUUCCACUGAUUUCAAUGCUACUGUUUUCAAUAUCACUUCUAUGCAUGUUUCAACCAAGUUUUUGACGAUUUCCGUAUUACGAUGUAGCUCUGUUUUAAUUUCACUCGUAGAUAGCUCCGAGCGAUUAUCAUUAUGAUUCUAGUUAUCCUCAUCCAUGUGGUCAGAAAUACUUUCUUCUCCAUAUAUCUCUGGACUUGCUUGGACUCGUCACAGCGUA